GUUGUCAUAAACGAUUUUCAAACGGGUUACGGUAAGAGCUUAAAAGACAAAAUUCAAGCUUUACAAACAUUUAAUGCGUCCGUGAUACUGGAAUAUUGAAGAAAACAUUGUUCAGUAAUUCAAACAACACUGUUUACAACAGAAUCUCAACGUUAUUUCCGAGAUGCAGAACUGCUUGCCGAAGUGAAAUUGUUGUUGAAGAAGAAGCAUAAAUUUCGUGCAAUGAAUUCGGAUUGAAUUCAAGUCAGAAUAACGACAAUGCAGAAUUACGGUUUUCUGCUGACUGUCCUGCUUCUCGGCUGCAGGUUUCAUGUCCUGUUGGCUGACGAGUGCAUUACAGGAUUCAGUGUGGUGGCAUCCGAACUUGUAGUGCCGGGCAAAACUACGGCGGUGUUUAUAACUUUGAAUAAUCUAUCAGGAUCCAAACAACCCCUAAACGUCACCCUUCGUCUACUCAGCAGUGGGCAGCUGGUUGAUGACAGCAGCAGCACGGUGCUGGUUGAGGUCACUCAAGAGAUAGCCGGUCAUGGCAUUUUACCACUAACAGUGCCAUCCAAUGCAUCAGGGACUUGCAUUCUUCAAACGCUGAUAAACUGCACCACUAAAGAUGGUCCUGCAAGCAUUGAAGAAGAUGACAAUUGCGACUUGAAGAGUACAUCUGAAAUGCGAAUAGUUGGUCCAGUUCGUGAAGUGAUAAUUCGACCAGCCAAACGCGCGUAUCGACCAGAGGAAACAGUCUCAUUCUGGAUACUCGCACUGGAUCACGAUUUACAAAUUGCAUCUGGCACCAUUGGGACAAUUAGCGUAAAAGAUCCACAAGGAACCAAAGUGGCUAUAUGGGAUCAGGUGUCUUUUGAUGAAGGCGUUUUAGCUUAUACGCUUCCUUUAAGUCCUUACGCCCUGACUGGAAGAUGGACAAUUACUGUGGAAGUUGAGCAAUCGCAAUUCUUCUGCACGUAUGAAGUGGCACCAGGCAUCGGUAUUGGUCAGCCCGACAUCUCUGUAGCUGAAGAACACUACGUUGAAUUGAAAUUUGGAACAGAAAUGCGCAGGAGAUAUAAACCGGGACUUCCUUUCUCAGGAAAAGUGGAAGCUAUGAGCACUGAAAAAUCCGUACGAGUUCGAGUCAAGGUCUACGAUAAUACCACAUCAAUCUACUCUCAAGACAUUGAAAUCUCCAAUGGUGAGGGCACUUUUCUGGUGCCAGCUAUCAUGGCCGAUAGUGACGUUAUUCAUUUGCAAGCGGAAUUGGUCUCGGUGGAAAGCAAAGAGAUCGAGAGCCAUUACGUUUUGGCAAGGGAACCAAUUCGCAAAUGGAAUUCCUCAUCAGACUGCUAUUUGUUAAUCGAAGGUGUGGAACACACGCUACAGCCCGAAGAGGAAGCGUACGUGACCAUUCUGUCCACAUGUCCGUGUGAAAGGGACGUGCAUUAUGUCAUAACAACGGAUGGACGCAUAACCGAUUGGGCUCCAAGGGGACAUGAACAGAUAGUGCCCCUGGACAGACCGUCAAUGGAGCCUGGACCGACUUGCAAGCUGCAUUUUAGCUUUCCAGUGCAAUCCGUCAUGGCUCCAGUUAGUCAACUGUUGGUCUACUAUGUUACUCCACAAGGAGAACCAAUAAGCGACGUUAUCAGUUUUGGAGUCAAACUGUUUGAUAAACGAGUAUCCGUGCAUAUAGAAAAUCGCGAAUGGUGGUUACCAUAUCAAUCAGUCGAUCUUGAAGUGAUUGCAGAGCCUUCUUCACUUGUCUGCUUAUUAGGAGGAAGAUCAGAAGCAACCAGUGAUUUACGAUUCGAUCCUAGAGUUAGUGAAGAACCGACUCCUUCGCCCAUAACAGAAGAAGUCGACUUUCUAGAGGCCGGAGUUUCGUAUUUUCAAAGAGAAUGUUCGAGAAGAGGCGAUUCCGGAAUGUCGGCCAUUUCUUACAGGCAAAGAGGAUCAGGAGCUGGACCUUCCGGUCAAAAACGUAGGCCUCCAGAAAGCUUAGUUGGAGGCUCGCCAUACGAUCACUUAUGGAUGUGGACAUGUUUUAAUUAUUCAUCAAAUAGUUCGUCUACAGAACUUUCAAUUAACACCCCGAAAGAUGCCGGUAAAUGGUCGAUUUGGGCUUUAACUGUUUCAAGGGCUGGAUUGAGGUUUUCCGCGCCCGUUAAACUAGAAGUAUUCAGACCACUAACUGUUGACUUUCAUCUUCCUCCAAGUUUAAAAGUGCGUGAAAUUCUCGAAGUGGAUAUCAAGAUCGGUAACAACAUAAACUCCUGCGUCGAUGUAACAGCACUUUUAGCUUUAAGCGAGGGAGCUCAAUUUGUAAGUAAUGGACUUCUAUACGUUACUGAAAAAUUGAGACUUGGUCCUCUGGGCGCAACUUCCUUAGUAGUAAAGAUUCUCUCCGUUGUUCCAGGAGCAAAGAAUUUAACUGUUGAGGUAAAUGGAUAUGCGAGCUCCACGUGCGAAGGUCGGGAAAACAUCAGUAAUUCGACACUCUCUGGAGCAGUAAUUCAUUCGGCAACUGUGGAAGUUUUUUCCGAAGGAUGUGAAAAGAUCCACACAGAGAGUUCGUACUUUUGUGCAAACGAACACCUGAUGUUUUCAACAAGAGACAACUACAACUACCAAUGGAUGCAAGCGCCGAAACGUCGGGAAAGCAUGAUUGUUGAAGUGAAAGUAUCCAGAUCGAAAAGUCUGGGUCCAAUUCAUAUCGCCUUGGCUGAAUGCAAGACGCAACCGGAUAAGGUGUAUACAAUUACUAUUGGCGACGCCGAUAAUACUUUGAGCCACAUUGGAAGAGGAAAUCGACAUUUAGGAGUUCAACUCGCUUCCAGCGAGACUCCGGAUAUUUUAGGCGAAGACACAUGGAAGCUCUAUUGGAUCUCGUGGAGCAACAAUGUUAUAUCAUUCGGUGCCGGAUCGUCUCCGUCCAACAAAACGUUGCUAAAAUGGAAAAUGGAUAAAAAGGUGAAAGUCGUCGAGAUCGGUUUCGCUUCAGCUUGGGGCGCAUUAGCCGGGUUCAGAGUGUGGAGCUUUGAUGAAAAAGAUGGUACGAGUGAAAUCCUCGAUCUCGACCGAAUAAAAGAUGCAGUCACCGACUCUCAAAGAGGCGAUUUAACGUUCGUUGGAGGUUUAGCAAUUCCCAGAACAAGCAAAACAGACGGAGGAGGUUUAGUUGGGGCUUUGGCCUCCUUAACACCUCUACUCACUGUGGGGCAUAUGAAAGUUACAAAACCGAAUGAUCAUCUAAGACUGGAUGUUGUUCGAGUGCUUCCUGAGACCAUUCAAACCAUUCUCUCAUUCAAAAAACAGGACGAUUCCUUCAGCGAACACCCAAUGUUGGGCAGCCAUAGAGUCACCGUAUCAGUAUUGGAAGCUUUGUCGAAAAUCCAACUUUACUUCAAUAUUGAUCCAGAUUUAAUUCAAGCUGUUAAAAGAUGGGUGCAGCUGCGACAAGAAGAUGAUGGUCGUUUUACUCCUUUAGACGGAGAUGUUAAAGUUAUUGACACAAACAGUUCGAAAGGAGCAGUGAGGCGAAACUUGAGUGCCGAAGUCUUCCAUUUCGAAAACAUCGUGGAGAUUACUGCCGAAACAGUAAUCGCUCUCUACGAGAUCGGAAUAGAAACCGAUGCCGAUUCAGAUACUCUACAAAAAGCGAAAAUUUUCUUGGAAAACAGCCUGCCCAAUGUGGAAUCUCCUGAAACCAUUGCUGCAGUCGCGUUCGCUCUAGUUCUGGUCAGAAGCGCAACAGCAGCUUGGGCUGUGGAAAAGCUUCGAAAUGCAUCCACCACCGAAGAUGGCGAGUUUGGAUGGCCUAACUUUACCCCCAAAAGAGACGCUGCUGAUUGGCUGUAUGAAUCGGAAUCUCAGAAUGCAUUUGGGCCAAUACCUUGUGUUGCUACUGUCGAACAAUACCGAGCAUCUCUAUACGCGUUAUCCACAUUCUGCCUGAUCGGCGACCUGAAGAGCGCCCAAAGUGUCGCAACGUUUUUAAUCAAUCGCUCCGAAAUACUCGAUAAUCACUACGAACUUCGCUAUCCUGCAGUAACAGCAUUCUCAGAAUAUAAUUCAAUGGCCAACGAUCAGCACAGGGAGCUGAUUAUUGCGCUGGCAACCUCGGGAAUGGAAUUUUCGGAUACUCUGCACUUCAAUAACCAAGACUCCUUUUACAAGGUGGACUUGCCCAGUCUGCCCACGAAAGUUCUGCUUUACGCCACUGGAGCCGGAUGUGCCACAAUACAGGGUAGGGCUUUCUAUUCCACUUACGUGGUUAAGGACAAAACUAGUCUGCUUGAAAUCAGGUCUGGAAUAGUGGAAGAAAUAUUGCCAGAUCGCAGUUCAAUCGAGGAAAUCGAAGGAAAAUUGCCGGCUAUUAAAAUAGAGACUUGUUUUAAAUGGAAAGGAGAUCAUCCGUCUCCAGUCCUGCGUUUAGAAGUCACUCUAUUCUCCGGCUUUGAAGUAUCACCGAACCCGCCUCAACUACUCAACGCGCCUCAAAAAAUGGCUGAAAUGCAACACGGAAGCCGAGGCAAUAAACUCUGGUUCAUAUUUGCCAACAUUUCCACACCUUGUCCAGUCUGCGUCCAGUACAAUGCACGAAGUACUUUCGUAAUUUCGGCAAUUCGGCCUGCUUAUGCGAAAGUAUACCCUGUGAGUCGCGAAGAUCUGGCUGCUGAUGUGUUCUUCCAUGCAAAAGGAGCGAGUGCUUUACUCAAUUCCGUUCGAAGUGAGGAUAUGAACAUAUGGUUUGGUGCCCACAGUGGCAUGUAUGAACGUUUUGAAGUGCCAGCAGCAUGUGAAAAGAAGGAAGUGGCUACAGCAGCUAGGAAUAUUCCAGGGGAAAUACAGAUAAAUUCCAAAGAAGUGAAGCUGGUGAGUUUGAUGGCGUACACGAUAAAUGCCGAGAGUGAGUUAACAAUGUCAGGAGGCACAACACAAAAAACUGACCCUACGACGGAAUUUUCAAACUCUGUUCAAUCUAACUUAUCUACCACUACCCAACCUGAACAGUCAUCCACAAUAGAGCCGGUAAAGUUUUACAAAGCAAAAAAAGUCGUUGAUCGGAAGUUUAGGAAAGUGCUAAUAGGGCAGGUGCAAACGGGAAAAGCAUCGACUACACACAUAAAGUUUGACCCAAAAAUAUCCCAGCAAAUUUCAAAGGAAAAGCCGAAACUUGCUGAAAACAUUUCGGCAGCAACUAAACUUCCAAAAGUGACCUCACCAACACCAGCAGCUGAACCAAGGACGCACCAAACGAUCACAGUUUCCACCACAAAGUCCUCGAAAGUGAAAGACAAGAUGCCCGAAAAAAAGCCGAAUCGUCCCAAUGUGAUACUUCACGUCAACACCGAACAGAUUCACGAAAUUCCUCCAAAGCUAGUCAAAGCCAAAGUGGAGAGUGAUAACAAUGAUAUUGAGGACCAUGCGGACAGUCAGUACGUUCUGCUCAAUAAAGAUUCCCUAUGGGAUAUGCUGAAAGAAGCUGUGAGCGACGAUGUAAAAAGAAAGGAGUUAACAAACAUACUACGGGAGAAGGAGAAGUAAUCUGCAUGAUCAACCACACCGAUUACUGUUGAAGAGUUUUACUGCCGUAAUAAUCCAUCCUUCUUCCUCUAUAUCUCUAACCCAAUGGGCAAUCUUUGCAAUAGACGCAGGUGAAUUACUCAGAUUUAUUCAUUUAGAGAAAGCUUCUAGAUAAUAGUGGAAGCUGCUAUUAACUAUAGAAAUAGAAAAGAUGAGUUUUCCCAGCUCAAUUUUUUUAAGAUAAAUGCGGCUUCGAGGUUUUAGCAACAGUUAGGAAAAACGUAAUCAUGUUUCAAAGUUGAAAGCUUUUUGCUCUUGUGGGAAUUAACGACAAAAAGUUGCACGGUGCAACUCAACACAUACUAUUUUUGUCUCUGAAUAGAACUGAGAGGUUUAUAAAGUUCCGAAACAUAUUCUAUUAAUUACUUAAAGAGUCUUAAAGGUUUUUUGUUAAGUUUGAGCAUGAAAGUUUCUGAGAAAAUUAUUUGCUGUUGUUUUAGUUUGUCCUAUACUUAAUAACGUCUAUCUUUUGCGAUUUUGAAUUAAUUCGACAAUCUGGUAGAUUUUUGAGCAACGAUAUAAAGGGUUUGUCAAAAAUCACAAUAAUACUUGUCGAGUUAGAAGAAAAAAUAUCAAAGUUUUAAACUAAAACUUUUACUAACUUAAAACUAAGUAUAUUCUGUGAAGAUCUUGUGAGUUAAAUAGAGUAAGAAAAUUCUACUAACAUCCAUAUUAAAGUCAUCAUGAACUUCUACAACAAUACAUUUUUCGACAUAUUUCUACUUGUAUUGAAUUAACUUAAGAUAGAACUGGAUACGAAUGCUAAAUUUUUGUCAUCUAAUGCACUUCCAAUAUGAAAAUUGUCUCUUUUUAAAAUUGUCACAUUGUUGGCUUUUAAAUCUAUCAAAUAGCAUUGAUUUUCUAAUUAGCUCGCUUUAUAAACCAACAAAAAAUAUCGGCCUUUGAGGAGGCCAAACUAAAUUGAGGACCAUGACCUACAAGGUGGACUAAAUUAAAUACACUGAUUCUUUCGCGUCCUACGAGCUAUAAGAGCUAUAAAAACAUUCGUUUUGGUUGGUACCCGUAAGUGCUAAUUCACUUUUUUCAAUUUUAAAUUCUGUCUCUAACUCGACUAUAUAGGGGAUUAAAAUAAAAUUAAUUUGUCACCUUUGAAGCACUUUUUCAGUUGCAAGAAAACAUGCUUGCCAAAUUUUGAAUUUGCAUUUGUUUGCAAAAAUUCCAAACAUUAAAUUGAAUGUAGCUUUGUCAAUUCAGAAGCUUUUGCAGGACAUUUUUUUCCAAAUUGCGCCAAGAACAAACACUUUAAAGAAAAGGCUCGCAUGCAUAAAAAGUGAACAUUUUAUUUUUAAAAAACUGUUGCGAUUUCUAAGUUUUCGAAUAUUAGGCGCGAUAACAUACAAAACUAAAUAAAAACUCUUAAAAACUGGAAAUAAAUGUUAUCCAGUUUGACUGCAUCCAAACAAUUUAAACCGACUUAAAAGUAAAAACACUAUGGUAACCAAUUAGUUCACCUCCGGUUCAGAUUAAAAAUAUACGCAGAUAUUUAAAUAUUCCAAGCUAGCUCUGUUUUUCUCACAAAAGUACUAGGAUAUAGUUACAGCGUUAAAUUAAUUCACUAAUCACCGAACCAUUGCUCAUAAUUAGGAAAAAAUGUUUCUAUUAUUAUUUAUCUACUUUCCCAUAAAGUGUGAAUGCAAUUGUAUAGUUUUCGAACCACUUGCGAUAAAUUAUGCACAUAAUCAGGUUUGUUAGACAAUUAAAUCGACUCAAAACACACACCAUAAAACGCACAUAUCGAUGUCUCAUGUUUAUUUUAACAUCCUUCCACAAGCUAAUAGGGCUAAAUUAUAAUUCAUACAAAAUCGCGUAUUGUAAUCGCACGAAAAAACAGUGAUCGGAAAGAACCGAAUUUCAAAUAUUGCUGAGCAAUAAUUGUGUCUUGAAAUGUUACUACUAUAUGUAAACUACAUACUGAUUAAACCUAAUCGGAUUCAGCAUUCCAUUCAAGUCCCUAUUUCAAUACUUGAGUGCCAAAACUACUUCGAAAUUAUACUCCCAAUGCAAGAUAGUUGAUCAAAAAAAAUUAGUUUGUGCCAAAUAGUAUGAUCGUUUCGUACGUUAAAAUGCUCAAAAGUAUAUAGUAUAUUUAUGACACCGUCAAUUCGUAUGCUAAUUUAAAAAGUAUGUUUUCUUAGUGAAAACGGAAAUUGUAAAAAGUUGAACAAGUAUUGUAAAAUGCCGUUAUUUAUCCACCGAUUCGUGGUUAGAGCAAAUAGUAGCACAAUCUGUACUAAUAUUAAACAAAAUAAUGUAUGCUGCCUUGACGCUCCAAUCACUAGAACUGUUAAGUGUGAAUUUUCUACUUGUAAAACUAUACUGUUUUCUCGUUAGUUGAUAGGUGUAGAUGUUGAAUAGCUACGUGCUUAUAUUAUCAGUUAAUUAUUUCAUUUUG